GCCACUAUGGCCAGCUUCCAACAUCCAUAAAAGCAUGAUGAAACAUUACACAUUAAAAGUCUUCCCGAUAAGAUGUCUUCUAUAGGUUAUGUAGUUACUCAUCUUGACAUCUGAUGGGAGGGCGUUGCACAGGGUGGGUGCCGCUACCGAGAAGGCCCUUUGCCUGUCAACCCUUACUCUGUAUGGGCUUCCAGGCACAUAAUGUUUGUUGCAGCCCUUAACAAUAACCCUGAAAGGUAGGAUAGCGUGGCUAUCCCCGUGUUAAGAGAUGCGAGGCCUGAGGCUUGAAGGAGAGUGACUUGCCUAAGGCUGCCUGGCGAGUUCAUGGCAAGAUUUGAACACAGAACUUUCAUGUUUGCAGUUCAUCCUGCUUUGCCAUUAAUGCUACAACAACAGCUUUUCUUAUACGCAUCGUGGCCACUGCCAAGCCUCUGAUCGUGUCCUCCUUUGCUUGCCUUUUCUCUAAACUAAAAAGCCCCAAACGUUGCAGCCUUUUCCUCACAUGGGAGCUGCCUGUUUUUUCUCAACUGUGCAAUAUCCUUUUUGAGUUGAGGCAACCAGAACAGUACACGGUAUUCCAAGAAACAAAUAAAAAUAUGCUCCCAGAAGCACACUGGGUUGGCAUUCAACAAAAAGUCCAGUGCAGGGCAGACCCAUUGAAAUCAACGGACCUAAGUUAGUGGUGUGCCCAUGCACUUCAAUGGGUCUACUCUGAGUAAGGCAAGCGUUGAAGAGCUCCUGCCAUUUCUCGGGAAGGGAAGCUACAACUGUGUGUGCGUGUGUGUGUGUAUUCUCCCACCCCAUCCCAUCACUGCCUGGAAGUUUCUUCUUAGAAGAGGACUACAUUUCCCAGGAGCCUUUGCGAGACUAAAAAAAGAAGAAGGUGAUAACGGAUCUAACCACCACCUGCGCAUGCAAAUUUACCGGUAUGUAGAAAAUAGGAAUCGGGGGCGGGCGGAGAAAAAGAAAAGCCCUUUUUGCACAGGUGAAUCUGAACGUCAGAAAGGUAAAACAAACAAAACAGAGCACAAGUAAUCAUAGAGAUGAGGGGGUGUUUGGGUUUUUGUUUUUUUUAAAUGCCUAUGCAAAUAAUGUAGGCAAACCCCUUCCUGCUCUGAUCCCGCCCACGGAAACAGCUUUCAAUAUAUACAGUAUAAAUAUAUAUGUAUGCAUGCAUCCUCUCUCCUGGACAAAAAGUGGUCGUUUUGCAGCUGCAGAGUCCUCCAGGACAGUGUCAGGGGGUCCCCGUAACGCCGGUCUCCAGCACUCUAGCCCUCUUCUGGAGACCGACAAAAGAGCAGAAAGCCACUUCGCAAUCCAAGAAGCGCCAUUUGCUGCAAACAGGAGCCCAUCUCUGCACUGGGACACGAGGGCCCCAUUGCCGGAAACAAAAUGGCUGCCACACAGACGCCCACAGUGGGAUUCAGCCUCCACUUCCAGGCAGCCCUGGAGAAGUGGAUGCAGCCGGGGUUUGAAAUUCAGGAGCAUAGCCCAGCAAUCCCCAAAGCAAGGGACAAGGAGGGAAGAGGAGCAGGAAAGUCCUCGACAGUGCUCUCUGAAGGAGAAUCAGGAGAUUUCUUCAAAGGGCACCAGCGCAACAGGUUAAACAGGAACCAGGAGAUGUGCUGCACCAGCAGUGGGAGUCUCAGUGGCAGGACUUCUUGAAGAUGGUGGAGUCCCAACAAUCUCAAUGGGGAAAGGCACCAUUGCCAGAGGAGCCGUGCCCAUGGGAUGACACAAAAUCUUUCCUGGCCUCCUUCGAGAAAGUGGCUGAAGCUUGCCGGUGGCCCAAGGAAGAGUGGGCAGCCCGACUCCUGCCGGCCCUCAGUGGAGAAGCCCAACAGGCCUUCAGCAGCCUGAAGGCUGGAGACAAGGAGGAUUAUGGGAAAGUGAAGGUGGCCAUCUUGCGAGAGGAAGCCACGAGGAGGGAGAAGGUGCGUCAGCACUUCAGGGGCUUCUGCUACCGGGAGGCCGAGGGGCCCAGAGGAGCCUACAGCCGACUCCAGGAGCUUUGCUCCCGGUGGCUGAAAGUCGAGAGGCACACCAAGGAGCAGAUCCUGGAGCAGCUGAUCCUGGAGCAGUUCCUGGCCGUCCUGCCAGCAGAGAUCCAGAGCUGGGUGAGGGAGUGUGGGCCGGAGACCUGCUCCCAGGCGGUGGCCCUGGCCGAGGGGUUCCUGCAAGAGGAAACGCGAAAGCAGGGAAAGGAGAAGCAGAUCCCAUCUGAGGAGGUGGAGGCUAAGCUGGAGGUGGAUGGAGGAGACUUCUGCUCACUGGGUGAAAGAGGGGUGUCUAUCAAGGAGGUGGAGAAAUGUGGACCGGAAAAUUCCACCCAAAUAAGGCCACGCAAGAGAGAGUCUGCCGGGAGAGGAGAAAACGUUCCUCCGCUUCGUGAAAAGGCCUCAGAGAGUCAGCGUAGGCCUUGGUGGCAGCAGAACAGCCUCCCUGGAGCAGGAGCAGUCGGAUCCAUUCCAUGUUCAGGAGGCUACAAGGAGCUCUGCCAAGCCCCAGGCCACCAGGCGAUGCAGACCGGUUACUGGCCCGAGAGCGAGAACGAAGAGAAUCACCGAGGCGUUUUGGAGCAACCUAAAGCGAUAUCAGUCGUUUCAAGAAUGGCGACGGAGAACACUGUGACUCGGGCUGAAAAAAGUGGGGCGGUCUCUGAGGGUCUGCGCAGGAAGUGGCAGGAAGGAAAUGCCCUGAAGAGAAGGACAGGCCAAUCCACUACUUGUGGGGCAGAGGAAAAGGCACCCGGCAAAACUCUGCCACGGCCCAAACGAAAGACGUUUGCCGCGCUUCCUGAGAGAGCUUUCAAGCUCGGUGCGCCAGGCCGCUGCAGGCAUGAGCGGCUACACACGGCGGAGAUGCCCUUCCACUGCGCCGAGUGCGGGAAGAGCUUCAUACACCAGCGAAACCUCAACACCCACCAGAGGCUCCACACCGGAGAGAAGCUCUACGAGUGCCCCGACUGCGGGAAGAAAUUCCUCAGCAAGUCAAAGCUCACCAGGCACCGGCGGCUGCAUACCGGGGAGAGGCCGUACCAGUGUUCGUACUGCUGGCGGAGCUUCAGCCAGAGCUACAACCGGACGGAGCACGAGAGAACUCACACAGGGGAGAAGACGGCGCACAACCGGGCAGCCCACGCGACAAACCUGGGUGGCAGCUCCUGUGUCGCUGCUCACGAAGGAGCCCGUAAAAGCGAGAGACCCUAUAAGGGUUCCUAUCGGGGGAACGGCCCCCCUUCAGGCUCUGAGGAAACGUAGAAGGGCCCAACCCCCGGAAGGGAAAAAGGGAAAAGUUGUAACGUUGGCAGCAACCAUGGGAAAGCCUCUGUUCUGAAGAUGCUCCUUGUUAGAUUUCACUUGAUUGGUGCAUGUGUUACAGAUGGGUGCUUAUUGCGUGAUAGGGUGGGGAGGUGUGGUAUAAAUGCGAUUAAGUCACUCUGCUGAGGGGUGGAAGAGAGAGAUGAAGGAAGAAACAUCAAGGGAGAAAGAGGAGGUGGAGAACUAGGGGGAAACAGGCAGCAGCUGGGCAAGGAAAACAUGGGGGCCUAGGAAAGGGGGGUUGUCUUUGGGCUGCAGCAGGUCUGGGUAGCCCAUGGCCCACCAGGGUUCUUGGACUUCAACCCACAUCAGCCUCAGCCAGUGUGGGGAAUGGGUCAGGGAUGGUGGAAGAAGAAGAAAGAAGAAAAGUUUGGAUUUGAUAUCCUGC